CAAUACAGGGGACAGAAAGAGAGAAGUGAGUUUGGACCAACCUUUUUUCGGCUCAAAUAUGAAAAAGAAGACUCAAUAAUAAUAUGUAACACAAACCCACAAUAAAAUCUAAGUUUAUUUUUGAUUUAUAUUUUUAAAGUGGCUCACACUGGUAUUAUAAGUUACAAGCGGAACCAGUGUGUUGUUGCACUCCGGCUGUAUUUUCAUGUAACACCUGGUAGCAGAAACCUGAUUCCGUCCAGUAGCAGACAUCGUGGUAAGGAGAGGGUUAAGGGAGAGUGAAGGCGUCUUAUUUCAGCUAUGACAUGACAUUGAAUUGUCCGGAAGUUAUAUAAAGUGUAGUAGAUAUGAUGCGGUUUAUUUGAGCUCGGGCAGAGAGCUAACAGAGUUAUAUUUAGCUAACUAAGCUAACCAGCGGUUCCCACAGUGCGUCUGUUAAAUCGGUCCUCGCCCUCUCAGCUGUCACAUCACGGAGACGAAGUGGACGGACAGGAAACAUGACGAGUUUUGCGAGCAAGGUGUUUUUUAAAGUCGACAGGGUGUGUCGCCACCUCCCCGUGGUCCUCAACACCUUCCUUGUCUUCUCCAUCACCGGCGAGGUGAGCUACCUGGUGCUGGUCGAAGCUCCGCUGGAGGCGGACCAGAAGAAGACGGUGUGGUCGAGCUGGUGGAAGGCGGUCCACCUGCUGGCCCAGUACUUCAUGCUGGGGAACAUCUGCUGGAACUCCCUGCUGUUCCUCAGGACCAACCCCAGCAUCAAGGGGGUGUUCCUGGGGGGAGAGGGCAUGGGUCAGGGCUGGAGGUUCUGCUAUACAUGCGAGACACACACCCCUCCUCGCUGCUCCCACUGCUACGACUGCAAAGUGUGUGUGCUGCGACGGGAUCACCACUGCGUCUUUUUUGGCCAGUGCGUGGGCUUCCGUAACUACCGCUACUUCCUGAGCUGCUUGUUAUUUAUGUGGUCGGGGCUGCUGUACGCCACUCUGAUGAACGCAGAGGUCUUCAUCGUCAUACUGAAGGAAGGUGUGACCAUGCACAGUGUCCUGCUGCUGCUCAUACCCUGGAUCAUGCUGGUUUCAGGCCAGGUCUCAGCACGUGCCUUUGCCUUCGCCUUCAUCGCCGACACAUGCGUGGUGGGCUUCCUGCUGGUCUCCGCCUUCUUCUUCUUCCAUCUCUUCCUGAUGUUUCGGGGACAGACCACCAGGGAGUGGUACUCGACCCGCCGACCCUACAGCCUGGGGCUCCUGGGUAACCUGCGUCACUCUCUGGGCAUUCGCUGGUACAUCUGCUGGCUCUGCCCGCUCAUCCCAUCACCUCUGCCCGGAGACGGGAUAACGUUCCAGGUCACAGGGUCGCUGGAGCCCACCCGGUAACAGCUAAGAGUCUGAAUGUUAACAGACUGUGUGUCUUUGCUUUAGUGGUGAUGGUUAAUGUAAUCAGGAGCAGCAGAAACAGGGAAGAUCGCCUCAGUUCACGAAGAGGUAGCUUGUGAUGGGAAGAAGUGUGUGGUUGUUUAAGGUGUCACUGGGUAUAAAUGUUUACCAGUAUCUUCUCUGUAGCCUUCACCUGUGCUGAGACAAAGAAAUUAUGAGUCUACUCUGAGAGACCUCGACCUUAAAGUAACGCUUAUUGAGGCUGGCCUCAGGAUAUUAACACGGAAAUUAGCAGAGUUCUUCUGGAAUACUGAGCACUGAAAAUCUAUGUAAAACAGCACUGAAAUGAGAAUGUAUUUUAUUGAUCUUGACAGAAAUUAUAAUUUGAAGUCUUCAUAAACAAGCAGUCGCAGCUACUGAUCCAGACUCCUGGGUAGUCGCCCUCUAGGGUAUACUACUUAAAUGGGAAUUUCUAGAAGUGUUUAUUUUGCCUAAAUCUGAACGUUUUACAAAUUUGGCUGGCACUGUUCCUGAAUAGUCCAUAGGAUUAUGAAUCUGCUGUUGUGCACUGGCUGCUAGCAUCAUGACUUGCUUUUGCUCUCCACCUGUCUGCAUCCACUCCUGAGCUCUAGCUGAGUUAACUACUGCUGCACUUGUUGCACCAAAUGAGACACUGAGUGCGUUUACAUGGACAUAAAUAUGCCGUUUAUGAGGUUUAUCCCAGUUAUGAUCAUAGUCAGGGUAUGGUGCUUACAAGAGCACAGAGAAAUUGGGUCAUUCAUAUUCCCCAUAUACGUAAAGAAUCAUAAUAACCCGGACGCUGAUUAUUGCAGUAUAUUUGCGCGGGCACUGGGUCGUUUACAAAAACAAACUGGCAAUGGAAGAUGAGAGCAACUGGAAAUGUUUGAUGCUACACUGUAAAUUUACCACAUCACUUCUUAUAAGCUACGGGUGGGACCCACAAUACGAUAUUAUCACGAUACUUAGGUCACGAUACGGUAUUAUUGCAAUAUGCUGAGUAUUGCGAUACAAUAUAUUGUGAUUUAAGUCCAGACGUUUGAUUUAAACACCAACGGCGUACUUCUGAUUUAUUUCUCCGGUGCUUCCAUCUUUGUUUUUUCCUGCCAAAUGCCGCUGAUUGAGACAAAUGCUGUCCUCACCAGGAAAAAAAAACACCAGCAACAUCUUGUAGCCCAAAAAAGCAAUUGAUUUUAUUAUUCUAGCACCAAAAGUUGUUUUAAAAAUAUAUAUAUAUAUAUGUAUAGGCAGCACAGUGGUGCAUUAAUUAGCAUUGUUGCCUCACAGUAAGAGGGUUCCUGGUUCGAACCCAGGGUGGGGGAGCCCUUCCGUGAGAGAGAGUGUUUGCAUUUUCACCCUGUGUCAGCACUGGUUUUCUCCAGGUACUCCAGCUUCCUCCCACAGUCCAAAGACAUGCAGGUUAAUUGGUGACUCUAAAUUGCCCAUAGGUGUGAAUGUGAGUGUGAAUGGUUGUCUGUCUCUAUGUGUCAGCCCUGUGAUAGUCUGGUGACCUGUCCAGGGUUUAUCCUGCCUCUCGCCCAGUGUCAGCUGGGAUAGGCUCCAGUACCUGGAAGACCUCUAACACGAUAAGCAGUCAUGGAAAAAUGAAAUGAAUGAUAAUAAUGUGCAUAAUAAAAGAUCAACACUAAGUUUCCGUGUAUUGAUAGAAUAUUGCCAUGCAAAAUAUAUGCUGCAUGGAUUUCUUUCCCCCACCCCUACCAACCGCACUGACCAUCACUUUUUCUCUGUCUCAACCACACACUAACUUAAAGUAGCUUGUCACCUAAUGUUACUCCUUAAAGCAGCUUAACACCGUCCUCCACACUGGUGCCAGCCCAUAGCUGUCAUCACUAGGGCUGCACAGUGAAUGAAAAUAUUAUCAGAAUUGCAGUAUGACCAAGUGAAAUAUCCAAAUCCUAGGAGCUGCAAUUUUUGAUAAAGGUUAAAUAUGUCAUUACCGUUAAAAAUAAAGCCACAUGUUGGUACAAAGAUGCCUCGGACUACAAAUCAUACUCCAGACAUCAGGGAACAUUUCAUUCAAAAUGACCAUUUCUACUAAUGUCGUGACUUAUAUCACAAUCGCAAUAUGUGUCAAAAUAAGUGUAAUAUGAUUUGUUUGUAUAUAUUGUGCAGCCCUAGUUAUUACCACUUUGUAUAGGACAGGGAUUCAGUGGAUGCCACCAUUGUCUGUAUUUCUGUUAUGCCACUUGGUUGAAGUGACACCUGUGCAGGAAGUUGGCGCCUCUUCAUAACUGGGAUAAGGUGUUAACAUGCAACAGCAUCCUGAUUUCUUUUGGAGAACUCCACGUAGCAUAUUUGGGUGUCUGAAAACAGGAUGUGGUGUCUACAUGUGCAAACACAUGAAAUGUAUACGCCAAAAACACGACCAUAAACAAGUUAUUCAUGUCCAUGUAAACACACUCAAUGAGAAUGCGAAGGGUUCAGCGUGUGUGUAUGAAGACAACUGAUAGAGACUGUACAUGGUAUGAUAUCCAGUGUUCCAUUUGCAGCCUAAUGUGAAGUCAUUUAGUGACUACAGCAUUGUAAAUCUACCUAUGGACGUCAUGUGAACAGUCUCUGCCCAUGUUUCACAUCACAUUGUCCACGUUUCAGUCAGUCAGGGAACACAGACCGACAGUAUAACAGCAUGAGGUGUACUGACUCACGCAGCAGCUGUGUCCCCACUCCCUACUACACUCUAACCGUACACAGUGUACACUGUAAAUAACCUUCACAGCAUCCUGUUUUUGCAGCGAGUACACAGGAAGUCACCACACAUUGCUGUUUUAUACAAUAUGUUUGAUACAAAACACUAACAGUGUUUUUUCAACAAAAAAAAAUUAUAUAUAUAUAUCUAUUUCUUUGUUUCCUGAGGUGCUGCUGUAGCUGUUUCACUUGACUGUUUAGAGUGUGUCGAACACACACAUGCUCAAAUCCUGCUUUGGUUUAGUCUGUAGUACAGAUUGAGGACACAGCCAACAUGUCUCACAUGCCAACUGGACAUCUAUUACCUCAGUACAAUCAUUUUGUUUCUCCUCUCUUUUGCACUUUUGCUUUUGUAUUUUUUUUUUUAUCCUCCGAGCCUUAAAACACAGUGCAACAUUACAAGCAUUUGUUUUGACAGGUGCUCUUAUUUGACCGACACUAAAUUUACAUUUCAGCCAAAAAUAUUGUUUGUAAAUAUUGUUAAUUGUUUGCUGAAUAUAUACAGUACGUCUGCCUCUUUCUUUUUUUGUGCAGUUUCAUAUGAGUCGCACCAUUUGAUGUUCGGUUUUGCCAUUUGACAGUGUUUGAAUAAAUUGUUUCA